GGCGGAUACUGAAGACACUCAUUAGAACAAAGAAGAGUAGUUUCGAUCUGCAAAUUUGACUUUGGAGAAGAAGUCCACUUGGAGCGUAUCCAAAACGGUGAUCCGUGUGUUUCCGACCUCAGCGCCACCGUAUGCAUCACUGGGUUCGAGCUUCCUCUUCCGAUUUCACCGGAACUCCUCCACAGCCGCGGAGUGGACAUACAGCUGUUAAUGUCGGAAAAUCCAUGGUGGUGGUGUUCGGCGGUCUUGUCGAUAAGAAAUUCCUCAACGACAUAAUUGUUUAUGAUAUUGAAAACAAACUCUGGUUCGAGCCAGAGUGCACCGGAAGCGAGUCUGAAGGACAAGUGGGUCCCACGCCGCGCGCGUUUCAUGUUGCCAUCACAAUUGAUUGCCAUAUGUUCAUCUUUGGUGGGCGUUCUGGUGGCAAGAGGUUGGGAGACUUUUGGGUUCUAGACACAGAUAUAUGGCAGUGGUCAGAGCUGACCAGCUUCGGCGACUUACCUACGCCUCGUGAUUUCUCUGCAGCUGCUGCUAUUGGGAACCAGAAAAUUGUGUUGUGUGGCGGCUGGGAUGGUAAAAAGUGGCUGUCAGAUGUAUAUGUUAUGGACACAAUGUCCCUUGAAUGGAUGGAGCUGUCGGUUUCGGGCUCAUUGCCACCUCCUAGAUGUGGUCAUACAGCCACCAUGGUUGAGAAACGGUUGCUUGUAUUCGGUGGCCGAGGAGGUGGUGGCCCAAUCAUGGGUGAUUUGUGGGCUCUGAAGGGUCUGAUAGAUGAAGAGCGUGAAACACCAGGAUGGACCCAACUAAAGCUUCCUGGCCAAGCACCAUCAUCUCGAUGUGGUCAUACAGUUACAUCCGGAGGACAUUAUCUUCUGUUAUUUGGGGGACAUGGAACCGGUGGAUGGCUGAGUCGCUAUGAUGUCUAUUAUAAUGACACUAUAAUCCUAGACAGAGUAACUGCUCAGUGGAAGCGCUUACCAAUAAGCAAUGAUGAGCCUCCUCCUCCUCGAGCUUACCAUACCAUGACUUGUAUUGGAGCUCGUCAUCUUUUACUUGGUGGCUUUGAUGGAAAAUUAACCUUCGGUGAUCUUUGGUGGUUGGUUCCCGAAGAUGAUCCAAUAGCCAAUAGAUCUUCUGUACCUCAAAUUGGAAAUCCUCCUGAAAUUAAAGAGUCAGAGAGAGAAUUAGAUAAGGAAAGGGGACAAGAGGGAUCCACUAUGGUUGAACUGCAAAAGAAAAUGGGUGUAUCUGUUUCAUCAGUGUUGCGUCUUCAAAUUCCCGAGGAGUCAGAAGAUCAAGAGUUCGUUGAAUUAGGAACAAGAUUGAUUGGGGAAGAUGUAGGUGAUGAUCGAACAUCCAUGAUGAUUCAGAUGGCAAGUCAAGCUGUUCGUCAACAUUGGAAAGAGUCCACUCCAAUGACUCUACAACUAAAAGAGCUUAGUUCCUUACUUCGAGAUUAUCAGCGUCUGGUUAACCGAAAAUACACUGCACAGAACAGCUUAACAUCUGCUGACUUUGGCCUCCCCAGAAUGAAGACCUUAACAUUUUAUCAUAUCAAAAGCUCUUCCGAGUUGCGUAUGGAUGAUAUCCCGAAGUUGCUGGAAGAAUACAAAACCCUUCUAAUCUGAUUGAAAACCUCCGCCAUGAAACUUACAAAGGAGAAACAACUAUCUUUUAAGGUUUCCAUUUUCGCAAGGACACAACAGUCUUGUUGGUCUCUUUUUAGCUUCUAGCUGUCAUUGCCAAGAAGAUCACCGAGAUAGAGCGAUCAGCAUGCAUUACUAUUGCAACCAACAAAGAGAAUCAUAUCUCUAAUAGAAAAUAGAUAUGUACAACUUCUUUUUUAGUUAAGGACACCAAGAUACACGUAUAUGUAAGAUAUCUCUAUAUAUCUAAUAAAUUUAACGGAGAGAAUCGAUGAAAGUGGCAAGUGCCAAAGCUUUUUCUUCGACUCUAAAGAUACUAUUACACAUGUAUAUUAGUAUGCCAUGCGGCAGCUAAUAAAAAAAAAGAUAUUACAACAGAUGAAUUUAUUGGACCGAACCAUCAAAGAAUGAAAAGAAUGUACACUAAACACUAUUCACAAGUUGGCAGCCAAAAAGAAACAUAGAAACUAAGAUUUAUUUGUGAUUGUGUUGGGAUCCAUCACCUCCAAAGGAGAAAGCCUGAUAUCCCGUGGGGCUAGUGAGCUUACCGGAGCCGCUGCUGCUACUAACAGACCGAUCAAUCUCCUCCCUACAAGCCACCAGAGGGAUUGGUCGUUGAGGUAUAGAGAUAACAGUGAACUCGUUACUCUCCAGCAUCUUCACCACUUGAUCCAUCGUUGGUCUCGCGUGUAGCUGAGGGUGAGAACAAAGCACUGCUAUAAGCACAUACUUCUCCAAAACCUCCGGAGAUCCUUUCUCCGCCAUCCCGUCUUCCACCACGUCCAGCGUCUGCCCUUCUCUCACCAGCGACCAAGCCCAGUCAGCCACCGACACAGGCUGACUUUCCUCGUCCGUCACAAUCGCUUUUCUCCUGCUCAGAAGCUCGAGAAGCACCACACCGAAGCUGUACACGUCGCUCUUCUCAGUCAACUGCCCGUAAAGCGCGUACUCCGGCGCUACGUACCCCAUCGUUCCCGCGACCCGCGUGCUCAUAUGCGUCAUUCCUUCAGGGUUGAACUUGGCUAGCCCGAAGUCAGCAACUUUCGCCUCAAACCUCUCGUCCAAGAGAAUGUUGCUUGCUUUAAUGUCCCUGUGGAUGAUCGAAGGUUGUGCGCCGUAGUGUAGAUAAGCAAGUCCUCUCGCCAUCCCAAGCGCGAUCCUCUGCCUUAAAGGCCAAGCAAGCUGAGUUCCCAAGUCUCCAAAGAGAUGGUCGUGGAGACUACCGUUACUCACAAGAUCACACACUAUGAUCCUCUGGUGACCUUCGUACGGCGUUGUCGCCGUGCAGUAGCCUCUCAGGGCAAGAAGAUUCACGUGUCGUAUGCUCGCUAUGACCUCGACUUCGUGAGCGAAGUUGGCGUCGCCACCGGCGGAACAGUUCUUGAACCUCUUGAAAGCAACCUCUGUGCCGUCGUGCAACACGCCCUUGAAGACGUUCCCGUAACCUCCCCUGCCUAUGAUGUUGUCCCUCGAGAAACUGUUGGUCGCUUUCUUGAUCUCUUCGAAGCUGAAUUUGACCAGAGUGGUGCUCUCGCUCAUGGAGUCUAGCCUAGAUCGAGUCCCCGCUUCUAAACUAUCUCGCUGCUUCUUCAUCUUUCUCCGAUUCGAAUCUUUCCUUUUCCUCCGGUAGUACCAGAAAAGCCAAGCAGAGGCAACGAGCAACACAGCGGCAGAUAACGGAACUAGUAUCUUCACCAUCUUCUUCCCGUUAUUCCCGGAGCUGCUAGAAGCUAGAUCGAGCUGAAACAAGCAUUUCGCGGUACCUUUAUCGGUGGGGCCGUAGAUGUUGGCGUAAGCGGCGGCGUAAAUCGACGGGAAAGCUGCACAAUCGGAGACAUUUCCGAUGGAAGGUCCGGUGAGAUCGGAUUGAAACGCGGACAGGCUCUGUGUGCAAGAGGCACAAGGGGUAUUGCUCUCCAGAGAGAGGUUGCAUCGCAUCACAACCGUACUCAGCGUGGAAUUAGGGAUUAGGGAUUCGAAUUGAGACCUGGUGGUGAUGUUCAUGCAGCCCUGGGAGAUCCACGGCGUCUGGAAUCCACAUCUCGAUCGGACGUCGAAGCGAGGGAGGAAUCCGGCGAUCGAGGACUGUAAAGCAGCCCAGCAAGAGGCAGCCGAAUCGGGUGGCGGGAGGAAGGAGCCAGUCUGCCGGAGAUGGUUAGAGUAGAGGAGACGUAGUCCUUGGAGGAGGUACUGGCAGGUGGUGUCGCCAUCGGGUCUCGGUCCCUGGAACGGUUGUAGGACGGAAAAGUCGAGAGGACACGAAGAGUUCUGAGCUGCGACUCGGGAGGAGGCUGCAAAGGCGAAGACUAGUAUACAGACGACGGCGCUUCGACGGAGAAACAUCGUCGGGAGAAAUUUGGCGCCGGCAGAGAAGAAUAAGGGAAGAGAGAAGACUAACAGUUAAUUUAAAUUGACUUCUCUUUUCCUAAUAUGAACAUGUUUCAUUUGUUUUCACCAUCAUUGACCCCAAAAAAAGAAAAUUAAGCUAUACUCUCUCAAGUGUAU